ACACACACGAAUAGUUUACUUUGAAAAUUUCUCGAUAUAUAGGAUCUCAAUGGCAGGGACAGUAGUAUUGAGAUGCUGCACUAGUGUAACCAAGGUUAGGACAUGGAAAAGAUGUUCGAAGCAGAUAAAGGAGCAAAGGGCUCGUCUUUACAUCAUCUGGAAAUGUGCUGUCUUUCUUCUCUCCUCCCAUGAUUGAUCCAUAUACAUAUGAUAUAAUCAAUCACCAAAUUCCUUUCUUCUUGGUUAUGUAUUAGUUCAGUUCCAAACUAAUUAACUAGCUAUUUAAUUAAACGUAUAUACCAUAAUGUAAAUUUUUAAUUGUAAUCAUCGAAAAUAUCGAUACCUACUGUCAUUUGGUCAUCAAUCGGAAGUUCUGUUUUGUAAA